AUGUCUUUUGGACGCCCACCGUCAAUUAACGUUGGAUUCAAGACUUCCCCUCCAGAUCGCGGUUCCUUUCCUUUGGACCAUGAUGCAGGCGAGUGCAAGGAACAGAUGAUGCAAUACAUGGCUUGCUUGCGCAAGAAUUCUAGUGAAUCCACUCCGUGCAGAGUCAUGAGCAAACAAUACCUUGACUGUCGAAUGACCAAAGGACUUAUGGAGCGCGAUGAAUGGAGGAAUCUUGGACUAGCCAACCUAGAAGGUGAUCCCGCCAAACCAACGCGCACUUCAUCCUGA